AUGGUGGUGUGCUUAUACGGAGGGGGAGUGAGCAACGACGAGAAGGCAGCAGAUGUGGCACGUGGCAAAGGCUUAGCGCUGCUUAUAGUGAAUGUGAUGCCGGCUGAUGAUGCGUCAUUCACCCGAUACGGCACCCUCCCUGCAAUGACUCUCUUCCCUCCUAACGAUGCGAUUCUGAACGAGUACCUGCUGACAGCAAGCCCCACAGGCACCAUGUCAUAUGGUUUCACUCAAAACACCGGUGGUGCCGCGGCAGCCAUGGCCCAUUUCUCUUCCAUCGGCCCUCUCGUCCUCCCCUCCACCGUUCCUCCUCCCUCGUUCCCCACCAACGACAUCUCAAAGCCCGAUGUCAUCGCCCCGGGCUAUAACCUCUGGGGCGCUGCACCCAGGACGUCCCCCGGGGCAGCUAUGUCGAUCACUACUAAGGCUUUAAUGAGUGGGACGUCUAUGGCUACACCACAAGUUGCAGGGAUUGCGGCGCUUAUAAUGCAGAAUAGGACCAAUUGGACGCCGUCGCAGGUCAUGUCGGCACUUAUGACGACGGCUAACGUCAAGAACAACAAGGGCGUGGCGAUCAAGAGUUACAACAAUACUGCAGCCACACCGUGGCAAAUGGGAGCUGGACACGUGGACGCGAGCAAGGCCCAAGUGCAGCGCGGACGGCCACGCGGGGAGGGGCGAGAGGGGAAGAAGCGGGGGAACGGGUUGCGCUUGCCUGCUGCCCCUGCUGCCGCUGCCGCCGCCGCUGCUACUGCUAGCAAGGCUGUUCCGCUCCUCUCCUUCCAGCUGUUCCUGCUGCUGCUGCAGCUGCAGGCGUUGGAUCUCCCUCAAAUCAACGACCUCGUAAUCCUCAUCGUUGGUUCCUAG